AUGAAGCUCUCUCUGACCCUUUUCAGCUCGUUACUUUGCGCUUCGACGGCAUUGGCCGCGAACUCGCUUCACAAGCGCAAUGCCUUCGAUAAGGUCAAGCCGAAGGUGGAGAAGCGAGUGGCCGGCGAGCCCUUCAAGCAUCCCGAGCUCCAGAAGCGCGCGUCUCGCUUCCUGACGGAGAAGACGAAAGAAUUCUCCGUCAAUGGUACGGGGGUCCCCGAAGUUCCGUUCGAUGUAGGCGAGUCCUAUGCUGGACUGCUGCCCAUCUCGGAAAGCCCUAACGAGACUCGCAAACUCUUCUUCUGGUUCUUCCCUUCGACGGCGGCGCAGAACCCCGACGAAAUCGUGGUUUGGCUCAAUGGAGGUCCGGGUUGCAGCUCCCUAUCGGGUCUGCUGACAGAGAAUGGCCCUUUCACGUGGGAAGCCGGUACACUGGCUCCAGUCCAGAAUCCAUACUCCUGGACAAACUUGACCAACAUGGUAUGGAUUGAGCAACCCAUCGGCGUAGGGUACACGCAAGGAACUCCAGACAUCACGAACGAGGUCGAGCUUGCGACUGAGUUCCGCGGCUUCUGGAAAAACUUCAUCUCCACCUUUGAUAUGCAAAAGUUCGACAUGUACGUCACUGGCGAGUCCUACGGCGGAUACUACGUCCCGUACAUCGCCGACGGCUUCAUCUCAGCCAACGACACCGACUACUUCAACUUGAAGGGCAUCUCAAUCAACGAUCCAAUCAUCGGUGAUGAGACCAGCCAGCAGGAAGUUACGAUCCUCCCCUUUGUCGAGUACUGGAAUAACCUAUUGUUCCUCAACGACACUUUCAUGGAGCAAAUGCGGGUGCGCCAGGCUCAGUGCAACUUCGACACGUACUUGGAGAAGUACUUGACGUUCCCCCCACCAGCAGGAGUGCUGCCAGUGCUGCCAGACCCCUAUGACUCCAGCGUGUACGCCUGCGACCAGUUCGACAACUUCUACAAUGCAAUUUUGGAGGUAAACCCCUGCUUCAACAUCUACCACAUCACUGAGACAUGCCCGCACCCAUUCGGCGAGCUAGGCAUAGUCAACACGGGCGACUACCAGCCCCUCGACGCGGUCGUCUACUUCAACCGCACCGACGUGCAGGAGGCGCUCCACGCCGUGGUCGGCACGAACUGGGAGCAGUGCACCGACAUCAACGUCUUCGGCAACGGCAACGCCAGCGCCGAAACCGGCGACACCAGCCAGGGCCCCGCCAACGACGGCGUCCUGCAGCGCGUCAUCGAGUACACCAACAACACGCUCAUCGGCUCGGGCGACCUCGACAUGCUGCUCAGCACCAAUGGCACGCUGCUCGCCAUCCAGAACAUGACGUGGAACGGCGCCCAGGGCCUUUCGGUGUACCCCCAGACCCCGCUCUACGCGCCCUACCACCCCGAGUACAACGGCGGCGCGCUCGCGGGCGCGGGUGUCCAGGGCAUGUGGGCCACGGAGCGCGGGCUGACGUUCUACACGGCCCAUCUGUCGGGCCACGAGCUGCCGGGGUACGCCCCGGGGGUUGCGUACAGGAUGGUGGAGAUCCUGUUGGGUCGUAUUGAUGAUUUCAGCAGCAAGGCCGACUUUACGACGCAGACGGGUGUUUUCACUGGAAAUGGGACGAUUUAUAGAAAAUAA